AUGGCCUCGAAACAACCGAAGAUUUUGCCUAGAGGACCAGUAACGCACUCAUUGGAAGAAGCCUCUAGGGACGCAGUAUCUAGCGACUAUUCCAUUACGCAGCAUACCAAAGCAACGACCAAUAUUUUAUUCGAUACCGAUUAUGGAAAGAUUCCAACUGAAAACUUUACUCGCAAUGCGGCAGCAGCUUUUUUCUCUGGAAUCGCCCCCCUAUUCUACAUAAUACUGCCAGACGACUGCGACCGCCUUAUACAUAGAAUAUAUCAAGAGAAACUCAAUAUUGAACAAUGCGAGAUCUGCGAGCUGUGCGCUAUUGCUGCAGUGGGAUGCCGAUAUAACAGUGCACGGGUCCCGAAUGAGUAUACGGAUAUAUUCUGGCAGCAAGCUUUGCUUCUACUAUAUGAUGUAAUAGGCGAGGCUGAUGUACGGGCGUUGCGGAUCCUCCUCUGCUUAGGAAUCUAUUUGAUACUGGAUAAAAGUAUCAGUGCAAGGACUAUGAUUGGUAAGAUACACACCAAAGUUCUCGAGAAAACUGUCUAA